CACGAGACUGACUGUUAGGGGCGUUGCUGAUGAGUUCGUGGUCACACGGUGCAGGCCUCACUACAGUGGCUUGAGAUGACUCCCAUCAAGCUGCUGGUGCAGCCUACUCAGAGGCCUGAAGGCCGGACAUAUGCCGAAUACGAAUCUGUGAAUGAAUGCAUGGAAGGCAUCUGUAAGAUGUUUGAAGAACACCUGAAGCGAAUGAACCCCUUCAGCCAAUCCAUCACGUACGGCAUCAGUCAGUUGUUUGAGUUUAUCGACCGUCUGGUGGACCUCAGCUGCCUCGUGUUCCGAGAAGAUACCCAGACUUACAAGCCGUACAGCCGAGAGUGGAUCAAAGAGAGAAUCUACGUGCUCCUUACUCAGCAGGCAUACCCAGCUGGGUCAUAGUGAUUUGGAAGCUUCUGGGGCUAGGGCUGGCUUGGACGACAGGGAAGAUUCGUGAUCAAAGACGCAAGAGUAAGCUGUAGCAACGAGCUAUUUCCCAUGGAAGGCUACACCUAACCUGCAAAUUAUUUUUCUUCACAUGAGCUUUGAAAAUAUAUGGCCUUGAAGUCUGUGUUGUCACCUACCAAUAAAAUUCAAAACAAAUCAUA